CCUGUGAACUUCUUGAAGAAUGAAGAACUUGGGAAUAAAGCCUGAUUACAUUGGUUAUAAUACCCUGAUUAGCAGGUAUAGUAGGAGAGCUGAUAUGAAGGAUGCUUUUUAACAUUCGGGAUGAGAUGUUGAAUAUCGGAUUCAACCCUACAGGCCGACACUUCUCACUUACAAUGCUCUUAUAAAACAUUUGUCCAAAAACCAAGAAGGUGAUCUUGCUGAACAACUCCGUAAAGAAAUGAAACUCUCAUGGGCACUUUUAUAGGGCACAUUGUGCCUGGUUUGGCCCUCACCUUCCUUGGCUUAUGGCACGCUGUCAACAUCAUCAGAACAUACUGCCGUAGAACCUCUGAUAAGUUUACUGUAAAGUUUUGGUAUCCGCUUUGUGGCCCUCUCUCCAAGCUUAAACACAUGGAGCUUACACUCAUAUUGUCUUUCUCCAUGUUAGCCAUUGUCAUGCAAGUUUUAGACUUCCCUUCCCUUCGAUUUGCCUUCAAGCUUGACAACUUUGAGCAUGUAAGCAUGUUUCUCCACCUUGUCAUAUUUGCAGGGUUUACCCUUUUGACAGAGUUGACUCACUCAUCUGAUAUCCUUUCCGGAGUCACUGGUAUCCUCGCAGCAUCUGUUUUUGGGCAAGAGCUUUUCCUGCUUCAUUUCCAUUCAGCAGAUCAUGUUGGACUUGAAGGCCAUUAUCAUUGGCUAUUGCAACUUAUAGUGUUCGUCUCUCUAUUAGCAGCCGUAGCGGCAACUACUUUCCCUAACAGUUUUCCUGCAGCUCUUAUUCUUUCAAUUUCAGUUAUAUUUCAAGGGUCCUGGUUUAUGAACAUGGGUUUUAUGUUGUGGGUUCCUGAAUUUGUUCCCAAAGGUUGCUACAUGCAAAUGGCCAAGACCAGUACUGAUCAUAUGCUUGGAGCAGUCACUUGUGGAUCUCAUGGAGCAGAUUUGAGGGCAAAGUCACUGGUUAACUUGCAGUUCAGCUGGAUACUCGGAGGAAUUUCCGCGUUUACCGGAUCUCUUUGCCUGAAAUUAGCUGGGACAUCGGCUCCUGGACGGCAGUCAACUGAGUACAAGCAACUGCAAAAUAAAGGAGGAGAUGUCCCAAUAACCAUUGAAGGCUCGAAGCAAGACCAUCCAUAAAGAUUUUGAUGCUUAGGUUGUUGAAAUAUCUCCUUUCAGUCCAAAUUAAGUUUUGAACUGAACUUGUAAUAUGAAGAAAAAAGUUAAAUACAAGUUUGCAGAGAUGUGUUUGCUCUGAUUUUGAUACAUAGUACUGAUCUGAUGAUAAUGAAAGAUGAAGAUUAUGUGUAGGUGCUGAGACCCUUUCCAAUAACAACCAUACCUAAUUCUGGCACCACUUCUGGUCUCAUCUACUUUUUACCUUGU